UCUAGGUGUGUGAGCUAAACCUGUUCGUCUCAUCUGUGGUAUAUGCGAAUAAUGGUUCUGAAUAAAUCUUUUUUACUAUUUUUAAGUGAAAAAUUAAAUAGAAGUGGGUGCAUUAAUUUGGCUCUUGUUUUAUGUUUAUGACAACUUCCAACUUUUUUCACACUUCUUUAUCCUAUACAUUUUCAUCAUGGUUCUAUCAAGAAAUUUCAAAAGCUUUCUAGGUGGUGUCUUGUGUCUUAGUCUACUGUGGUCCCAUACUGCUUCAAUAUGGCUCAAACAAAAACCAGCAAAUAACGAACAACCAUUUGCCUCUAUUGUUUACACGGCUGUUGAGCAGGGGAGGGUGGCUCUACCUUGCGAUAUUUCUCCGCCCGCUGUGAACGACUCAGCAGCCCUGGUUUUAUGGUACAAGAAUGAAUCGACUCAACCUGUCUACAUGCUCGAUGCCCGCAGGGGAGUCCUCAAAGAAGCUCACCAGUGGUCAAGCCCACAGUUGCAAUUCCGGGCCCAUUUUCAUAUGAUCAACAGGCCGGCUUUUCUUCAAAUCGAUCCUGUACGGAAAGGUGACGCAGGAACUUAUAGGUGUAGAGUCGACUACCGUCGAGGCCGUAGCAUCAACACUGUUAUCAAGUUACAGGUCGUUGAACCGCCAUCAAAGGUUUUGAUACUGGAUGAAAGAAAUACGACGUUAUCAGGACUUGUAGGCCCAUACAGUGAAGGGCAACCUUUAAAACUUACAUGCAUCUCUUACGGAGGUAAGCCAAGACCGGCAGUUUCGUGGUGGAAAGGAAAUAAUCUGUUAGACAAUAACUACUCCUUCCUUCCACACAAAAUGGUAGAGAACGUGUUAUACAUUCCUGCACUGUGGAGGUACGAUCUGCUAAUGAAUCUGACUUGCAAGUCGUCCAACAACAAUGUGACGGUUCCACUUUCCAGUACCGUAACUCUCGACCUCUAUCUCAAACCAGAAAUAGUUGAAAUAGAACCGUUUAAAAUACCAGUUGCUGUGGAAACUGAAGUGGAGUUCCAAUGUGUGGCCACAGGUGCUCGUCCAACAGCACUGAUAACAUGGUGGUUGGGUAAUCAGAAACUACAGUCGUCAACAAAUACCCAGAACAACAAAAGCCACAGCAGCAGCCUGCUAACUUAUACACCGUCUAUGGAGGAUGACAGGAAGUAUUUCAUGUGUAAUGCCGAAAACCCCAAAAUACCAGGAAGUAGUAUCAACACUGGGUGGUUUUUAAUGGUAAACUAUCCUCCAGAGUUAUUUCUUCAGUUAGACAAGCAAGGCGACGUUCGAGAAGGAGAAGAAGUUAAAUUUGAAUGCAAAGUUCAAGCUAGUCCACUUGUCAAAGAUGUUACUUGGGAGUUUGAUAGAAAAGAAUUUUCACUGAGUCCUGCGGCUGCAGCAUCUACAACAUACAAUAGAACGCUCGUCAUACAUGAAGCUAGCCGAGCUCACAGAGGGCGCUACAGGUGUUCCGCCAGUAACCCCGAAGGUCUUGGUUUCAGCAACGAAAUAUACAUGACAGUUAAGUAUGCGCCUACUUGUCGGGAUCAAAGACGGUCGUACGGAGUAGCUAUUGGUGAAACUGUGCGAGUCAGCUGUACACUAGAUGCUGAUCCACAGGACAUCGCAUUUCGUUGGCGGUUAACUACUUCUGCAAAGCGGUUUGAAGACAUAGACUACAUUAGCAACCAGUCACAGAGUUUUGCUAUUUACGUCCCGAAGACAAGGAACGACUAUGGCACAAUGGAAUGUUGGGGAGCCAACAGUGCCGGCGUUCAGAAAGCCAGUUGUUCUUUCAACAUUGUUCCAGCUGGGCCACCAGAGUCUGUGAAAAACUGUUCUGUGCUGAAUCAGACGGAACAAACUAUCUUUGUCCAGUGCCUUCAGGGAUAUGACGGUGGCUUGCCCCAAAGUUUCACAAUUGAAGCUUAUAGUUUGGAAAAUGGAAAUAUGCUAGCUAACAUAACCAUCUCAACUGAACCACAAUUUUCCGUCUCACAACUCCCAGUAAACACAGCUAUACGCUUUCUAGUGUUAGCAUCUAACGCCAGAGGGCGAAGCCCUCCUGCAGUACUGACAGCACACACUCUCCGGUCACCAGAAAAAUUAACUGUGCGAGGAAAUGGAGGCAACAAAGCAGUUCUUGCUCCAGUUUUGGCGGCAUUAAUUAUUGUGGCCAUUGUGUUGGUGGUGGCGCCAAUUACAGGAAUAAUCGCUUUUAGAAUUCAAAAACAGAACAAAAGACAAGUUUCCAGACAGCGUGAGAACGAUUGUGAUAUGUCUGAUGUAGUAUGCGACAAAAGAGGUGACGUUGCUUCUGGACAUAGUGAUAAAGGACCUGAUAUCAUUCCAGAUCAAAUGUUUCGUGAAGGGCUAGUUGAUUGUGAAGAACAGUGUUUACAGCUUCUAACGUCUACUAAAAACUCACAUCGAGAUAUAUUCCGUGAAGAAUCUGUUGUAUCUGGUGAUAGAAAAAUCAACGUUACAGGAUCUUUAAACGAGUUUGGCCAACCUCGGAAUAAUAGAGAACUUAUGAAGGAAGACGAUUCGUCAGGUUUUCAGUCAACGUUAUACGCUAAGCGGCAUCAAGUUUCAGUAGAAGGUUCGUGGAAAUCUACUGACCAGAAGUCACAGGCAGGGUCUUCCGAGGAAAUGCUAAUAGCUAGAAAUAUACACGAGAGUGCAGUUUAAAUAAAUAUUAACUUGGCGAAGUCAGCAAAAGGUAAUUUAGAUUAUUGGUACCCAAUAAAAGACCUGAUGUACAUCAAUUUAAUGAAGUGCUGUGUUCAACAAGCAUCUCUCGAUCGAAUAUGAACUUGUAUGUUUAAGCAAUGCCGAACUGUAGAAAAGAAGAGCCUUACUAAACUUGUUAAAAUACUUUUGCUUGUUGACAAGUUGAUAACAUGUUCAGAUCCAAGUUAUUAUAAUUAUACAUAAUCCACAGUGACCAGCUUUAUAAAGUGAAAAAUGUACUUAACAUCUUAGAGAUAAAUAAUCAAUGGAAUUUAACUCUGGAACUAACAACACGGUCCAAUCCAAUUGACUCUGUCUAGACAAAUUAACGAAAUGAUGACAUAAGUAUUAUCAUGAAUAAAAUAAUACAUUUAUUUAAGAUUGUGCUUAUUUUACCUUUUUUUCCUUACGUUGCUGUACUGUAUUAGUUGAAUACUGGGUCCAUUGCACCCAGGAGUUAAAACUAUACCUGGUUGCAAUUUCUGACUGCUAAUAAUGUUGAUUUAUUUUAAAGCAAUUGAAUUAUUAUUUAGAAAAUAUACGUUUAGUAGUUGAUUUAUGUAUUACUAAACACGUAUGCUGAUCA